AUGUCGCCGGAAAUCAUCGACAACAAGGCUGCCAGCGGCAUCUCGUACUUCACACCGGCCCAAGAACCGGCUUCGGGCGCUCAGCUUAGUGGCUCGACAAAACUGUUUACUCCUCUCACAAUCCGUGGUGUCACAUUCCAGAACCGCCUCUUCCUUCCCCCGUUGUGUCAGUACUCUGCCAAGAAUGGGUAUGCCAACGAUUGGCACCUUACGCAUCUCGGCGGCAUUAUCCAGCGAGGCCCAGGUCUCACCAUCAUGGAGGCAACAGCGGUGCAGCCACACGGUCGCAUCACGCCCCAAGAUCUGGGCCUCUGGGAGGACGGCCAGAUCGAGCCAUUGGAGCGCAUCACCGAGUUCGCCCAUGGCCAGAACCAGAAGAUUGCAAUCCAGCUGGCCCAUGCCGGCCGUAAAGCUAGCUGCGUUGCGCCAUGGCUGAGCGCCAACGCUGUUGCUGUCAAGGAGGUCGGCGGCUGGCCCGACGAGAUUGUUGCCCCGUCGGCUAUCCCACAAGAUGCAGUCAACCCUGUGCCUAAGGCCAUGACCCAGCAGGAUAUCGAGACGUUCAAGAGAGACUUCGUGGAGUCCGCCAAAAGGGCCGUCAAGGCGGGUUUUGAUGUCAUUGAAAUCCACUCUGCUCACGGAUACUUGCUGCACUCCUUCUUGAGCCCUGUCAGCAAUAAGCGAACCGAUAACUACGGUGGCAGCUUUGAGAACAGAACUCGACUACUUCUAGAAGUCGCCGAAGAUGUCCGCGCAGCGAUCCCCAAUGACAUGCCCCUGUUCGUCCGCGUCAGUGCUACCGACUGGUUCGAAUUCGACGCCAACUCGCAGGCCGAGUUCCCCGAGAGUUGGACGGUUGCUCAAUCUACACAGCUUGCCUCGCUGCUGGCAGACAGAGGAGUUGAUCUGCUCGACGUUAGCUCGGGCGGUGUACAUGCCAAGUCAGCAACCGCAAUCAAGUCAGGCCCGGCCUACCAAGCACCUUUCGCUCGGGAUAUCAAGAAGGCUGUUGGCGAAAAGAUUCAGGUGUCAGCUGUUGGUGGUAUCAAGACAGGAACCUUGGCUGAGGAAGUUCUGCAGUCAGGUAUCGAUGUCGUCAUGGCCGGCCGCUGGUUCCAGAAGAACCCUGGCUUGGCAUAUGCCUUUGCUGAUGAGCUCGGUGUGGAUGUCAAGAUGGCCAACCAGAUUGGAUGGGGAUUUGGCGGACGCGGUAACAGAGGCAACAACGGCCGUCUAUAA